AAUAUCUAGCCACAAAUAAGAACAGCAACCAAUUUUGACCACGUUUAGAGUGGUCAAACUUUAUCACAUAGACUUCAGGAAUACAAAAGAAAAUCGAACAUAACUUUGGACAUCGAUCACCAACCAUUAGAUAAUCACCUAUACCAGACAUCAAAAUCAAUCAAAGUCCAAAAAGUCAAAAAACUAUACAAAAUCAAACUUGAAUUUUAUAUAUUUCUUUCAUGUAAACAACUCCACUUCUUCCAUUCUUUCAGCUACAGAUCCUUUCAACUCCAUGGCAGAUGGAGUUCAAGAACUGGAACUUCAACCCGGAGGUACGAAUGGCGUCAUUAAUGGAGUCCCCACCCAAAAAUUCAAGCACUACAGAUGGUGGUUCCGGGUGGCGGUGUAUAUCAUCUUUCUAAUCUCCGGUCAAGCCACCGCCACCCUCUUGGGCCGACUUUACUACGACAAAGGCGGCAACAGUAAAUGGAUAUCCACCUUCGUCCAAUCCGCCGGAUUCCCGAUCUUGAUUCCCCUCCUACUCUUCUUCCAACCAACCACCACUUCUUCCGCCGCAUCACCGCCACCCACCACCACCACCCUUCUACUCCUUUACUUAUUUUUCGGGUUAAUCUUAACAGGUGACAACUUAAUGUAUUCAUAUGGUCUUCAAUACCUUCCUGUUUCCACUUACUCUUUACUCUGUGCAACACAAUUAGGAUUCAACGCUGUUUUUUCAUUUCUUUUCAACUCACAAAAGUUCACUUCUUUAAUCAUCAACUCACUUUUUCUCCUCACAAUCUCCGCCACCCUCCUCGCUGUUCAUUCGGAUUCAGAUAACCCAUCAAAAAUCUCAAAAGCAAAAUACAUAAUCGGGUUUUUAUGCACUCUAGGAGCAUCCGCCACAUACUCUUUAUACCUCUCCUUUUUACAACUAUCAUUUCAAAAGGUAAUCAAGAGUGAAAACUUUAGGGUUGUGCUAGAAUUACAAAUAUACCCUUCCUUUGUUGCUACGUGUGGUUGUGUGGUGGGGCUUUUUGCCAGUGGGGAAUGGGAUACGUUGAAGAAAGAGGGUAGUGAUUAUGAAAAGGGUUCGGUGUCUUACAUAAUGACGCUGACGUGGAUAGCUAUUGCAUGGCAGAUUUGUUCUAUAGGGAUUUUGGGAUUAAUAUUUGAAGUUUCGUCUUUGUUUUCGAAUGUGAUUAGUACGUUAGGGUUACCGGUUGUUCCGGUUCUUGCAGUUGUGUUUUUUGGAGAUAAGAUGGAUGGAGUGAAAGCGAUCUCAUUGAUUCUUGCGAUAUGGGGAUCGGGGUCGUAUGUUUAUCAACAUUAUCUUGAUGAUUUGAAAUUGAAGAAUGAUAUGAAAACGAGGAUAGUUGUAAGUGCCAAUGAGGCUUCUCAUAAUGUUUAAGCAUUGAUAUGUAGGAGUAAAUAAUUAAUUUUAUAUGUAAAAUGGUUUAUUUUGUGGAUCGAAUGAAUUGUAAUAUGAGUAAUGGAUGAUUUUAUUAUUUUGUCUAA